GGCGAGCAGUCGGCCCAGGGGUUCACGGAGCUUCGGCGUUGCAGUGCGAAAACUUCCAGCUUGCUCUGCUGGCUUUGAUCCUCGCUGGACAUCAGAUCCGAGGCGCUGAAGGGAGGGAGGAUGCGAGAUGACCGGCCCUCUGGCAACCUGACCAUCUCCUUAGCCUUGGAGAGCGAGCCGGGAGCUGACUGCACGACCCAGGAGGGGCCCCGCCUCUCGGUGGAUGUGUGUGUGUGUGUGUGUGUGAGUGAGCGGGCGGGUGUACUGUGUGCAUGUGAGGGUGUGUGUGUGUGAGUGUGGAUGUGUGUGUGCACACCACAACUGUGUGUAAGCGUGUCUGGGUGAGUGUGCGCAUGCACGCAUGAGUGUGUAUGUGUGUGUGUGUGUUUGUGUGUGAGUACUCUUGGUUAUUAUUAUUUUUUUUUUGGAAGAAAAUUCUUGAAAAUCUGGGGCAGGUUACCAUGCUCCUAGGGUGGGUCUUCUGCAAGAGGAGCUGACCAGAACAAGCUGCUGGAGCCAUUUCUCUGCAAGAAAAGAGAAUUUUCCUCUCUGAAGGAGAAGGAUUUGGGCCCCUGCUCUGCAGCUCAGUGAAAGAGAUUAGCCCCUAAACCUGUGAAAUCGACCAGAGCAGUGUGAUUACCGUAGCCGGAGAGAGGACUUGGGAAGAAAAGGAGAAAGAAAGCCAACAGCCUGCUAGUGCCUUCGGCUGCGUCGGAAGAUGUCAUCUCAAACUAAGUUCAAGAAAGACAAAGAGAUCAUCGCUGAAUACGAGGCUCAAAUAAAAGAGAUCCGCACGCAGCUGGUGGAGCAGUUCAAAUGCCUGGAGCAGCAGUCGGAGUCGCGGCUGCAGCUGCUGCAGGACCUCCAGGAGUUUUUCCGCAGAAAAGCCGAGAUCGAGCUGGAGUACUCCCGCAGCCUGGAGAAGCUGGCUGAGCGCUUCUCCUCCAAGAUCCGCAGCUCCCGGGAGCACCAGUUCAAGAAGGACCAGUACCUUCUGUCGCCCGUGAACUGCUGGUACCUGGUCCUGCACCAGACCCGGCGGGAGAGCCGGGACCAUGCCACCCUCAACGACAUCUUCAUGAACAACGUCAUCGUCCGCCUGUCCCAGAUCAGCGAGGAUGUCAUCAGGCUCUUCAAAAAGAGCAAGGAGAUUGGGCUGCAGAUGCACGAGGAGCUCCUGAAGGUCACCAACGAGCUGUACACGGUCAUGAAGACCUACCACAUGUACCACGCGGAGAGCAUCAGUGCCGAGAGCAAGCUGAAGGAGGCUGAGAAGCAGGAGGAGAAGCAGUUCAACAAGUCAGGAGAGCUCAGCAUGAACCUGCUGCGGCACGAGGACCGGCCCCAGCGCCGCAGCUCUGUGAAGAAGAUCGAGAAGAUGAAGGAGAAGAGGCAGGCCAAGUACUCCGAGAACAAGCUCAAGUGCACGAAGGCCCGCAACGACUACCUGCUGAACCUGGCAGCCACCAACGCGGCGAUCAGCAAAUACUACAUCCAUGACGUCUCCGACCUGAUUGAUUGCUGCGAUUUGGGGUUUCACGCCAGCCUGGCCCGCACCUUCCGGACCUACCUCUCAGCGGAAUACAACCUGGAGACCUCGCGCCACGAGGGACUGGACGCCAUCGAGAGCGCUGUGGACAGCCUGGAUUCCCGGAGUGACAAGCACACGGUCAUGGACAUGUGCAACCAGGUCUUCUGCCCGCCACUCAAGUUCGAGUUCCAGCCCCACAUGGGGGACGAGGUGUGCCAGGUCAGCGCCCAGCAGCCCGUGCAGACAGAACUGCUCAUGCGGCACCACCAGCUGCAGUCCAGACUGGCCACGCUCAGGAUAGAGAAUGAGGAGGUGAGGAAGACCCUGGAUGCCACCAUGCAGACCCUGCAGGACAUGCUGACUGUGGAGGACUUCGACGUGUCCGACGCCUUCCAGCACAGCCGCUCCACAGAGUCCGUGAAGUCGGCUGCCUCCGAGACCUACAUGAGCAAGAUCAACAUCGCCAAGAGGAGGGCCAACCAGCAGGAGACCGAGGUGUUCUACUUCACGAAAUUUAAAGAAUAUGUGAAUGGCAGUAACCUCAUCACCAAGCUUCAGGCCAAGCACGCCUUACUCAAGCAGACGCUGGGCGAGGGGGAGAGAGCAGAGUGUGGCACCACCAGGCCCCCCUGCCUGCCCCCCAAACCACAGAAAACGAGGAGACCUAGGCCUCUCUCAGUGUAUAGCCAUAAGCUCUUUAACGGCAGUAUGGAAGCGUUCAUUAAGGAGUCAGGACAAGCCAUACCGCUCGUGGUGGAGAGCUGCAUCCGAUACAUCAACUUAUACGGGCUGCAGCAGCAGGGCAUCUUCAGAGUGCCCGGGUCUCAGGUCGAGGUCAACGAUAUCAAAAAUUCCUUUGAGAGAGGUGAAGACCCCCUCGUGGACGACCAGAACGAGCGAGAUAUCAACUCGGUCGCCGGUGUUUUAAAACUGUAUUUCCGAGGACUGGAAAACCCACUCUUUCCUAAGGAAAGGUUUCAAGAUUUGAUAUCUACCAUUAAACUGGAGACCCCAGCCGAGAGGGUGCAUCAGAUCCAGCAGAUCCUCGUCACCCUGCCCCGCGCCGUCAUCGUGGUCAUGAGAUACCUCUUCGCCUUCCUCAACCACCUCUCCCAGUACAGCGACGAGAACAUGAUGGAUCCCUACAACCUGGCCAUCUGCUUCGGGCCUACCCUCAUGCACAUCCCAGAUGGGCAGGACCCCGUGUCUUGCCAGGCCCACGUCAACGAGGUCAUCAAAACCAUCAUCAUCCAUCAUGAAGCCAUCUUCCCCAGCCCCCGGGAGCUGGAGGGCCCCGUGUAUGAGAAGUGCAUGGCUGGAGGGGAGGAUUACUGUGACAGCCCGCACAGCGAGCCAGGCACCAUCGACGAAGUUGACCACGACAACGGCACUGAGCCGCACACCAGUGACGAAGAAGUGGAGCAGAUCGAGGCCAUCGCCAAGUUCGACUACGUGGGCCGGUCCCCGCGGGAGCUGUCCUUCAAGAAGGGGGCCUCCCUGCUGCUGUACCACCGCGCGUCCGAGGACUGGUGGGAGGGCCGGCACAACGGCGUGGACGGCCUCAUCCCGCACCAGUACAUCGUGGUGCAGGACAUGGAUGACGCCUUCUCCGACAGCCUGAGCCAGAAGGCGGACAGCGAGGCAAGCAGCGGGCCCCUGCUGGACGACAAGGCUUCCUCCAAGAACGACCUGCAGUCCCCCACGGAGCACAUCUCGGACUAUGGCUUUGGAGGGGUGAUGGGCCGAGUGCGGUUGCGAUCGGAUGGAGCGGCCAUCCCCAGACGCCGAAGCGGGGGUGACACGCACAGCCCGCCCCGCGGCCUGGGCCCCAGCCUAGACACGCCGCCCCGGGCCGCUGCCUGCCCCAGCAGCCCCCACAAAAUCCCCCUCCCCCGGGGGAGGAUCGAGAGCCCCGAGAAGCGGAGGAUGGCGACAUUCGGGAGCGCCGGCAGCAUCAACUUCCCCGACAAGAAGGCGCUGUCCGAAGCGCACUCCAUGAGGUCGACCUGCGGCUCUACCAGGCACAGCAGCCUAGGGGACCACAAGUCCCUGGAGGCCGAGGCCCUGGCUGAAGACAUCGAGAAGACCAUGAGCACGGCCCUGCACGAGCUGCGGGAGCUGGAGCGGCAGAACACGGUCAAGCAGGCGCCGGACGUGGUGCUGGACACCCUGGAGCCCCUGAAGAACCCGCCGGGCCCCAUCAGCUCGGAGCCGGCCAGCCCGCUGCACACCAUCGUCAUCCGCGACCCCGACGCCGCCAUGCGCCGCAGCAGCAGCUCCUCCACCGAGAUGAUGACCACCUUCAAGCCGGCCCUGUCCGCGCGCCUGGCCGGCGCCCAGCUGCGCCCGCCGCCCAUGCGGCCCGUGCGGCCCGUGGUGCAGCCCCGCUCCAGCAGCAGCAGCAGCUCGGGCGUGAGCAGCCCGGCCGUGACGCCCACCGAGAAGAUGUUCCCCAACAGCUCGGCGGACAAGUCCGGCACCAUGUGACCCGCGGGGGCGCGGCCCCGAGGCUCCCACUCGCUCCGCAGCAAGGCUGGCCCGUGGGAGGGCCGCCUGGAGUGGAGGCCCCGGGCGGCGCCUGCAGGCUCCGCCCAGCCGUGGGCGCCCCUGUCCCGCGAGCGGACACCCCGAGGAGUGCGGGGGUGGGGCGGGGGCCAGGACGGAGGCGGGUGCUCCCGGCUUCCGUGCGUGUUGUCACUGGAAACCCACUCCCCCGACGUUCGGCAUCCGUGAGUGUGUGCGCGUGCGCGUGCGGCCGGAUGGAAGCGUGCAGGUGUGUGUACAUAUAUAUAUUUAUGCAUCUGUAUACAAACCCUAGGUCGGGACACACACAUACUAUAAGUGUAUAUAGUCUCUCCUUUUUCUUUUUACGAUAAACUUAGAGUUACCUCAGACCCACGCCACCAGACAUCUCCGGCUGAGUUACUGGGUGGGACCCCACAGUAACUGCGGACGAAGCAAUACACCACUAAGCUGCAGAGCGCCCACGCGGCUCCCUGGCUCUGCAGAGCGUGGCCUUCCAGGGCAGCCGGGCCCCCGACGGCUCCCAGAGGCGGGGACCCUUCCCAGGAAGCCCCUCCGCCCACCCCAGAGACCCCGCCCCUGGCCGGCGGUGCCCGCGAAGGCAAGGGAGGAGACCCCCGAGCGCAGGUCCCUGUCUGUAGGUGGGGACGGCAGGGCCCAGGCCGCAUCGUAGCGCGUGGCUGGGAAAAGGGUCCUUCGGGCCCUGGCGAUGCUGUAGGAACAGACCUGCGUUCGCCGUAGAGAUUGGACUUACACCACUUUCAAAAUACUUGAUUUUUUUCCUUUUCCUCGUCCUACUAACGAUACCGUGUCCAAUUCGGAGCUCGGGAGGCAAGGAGGCUUUGCGCCACGUGGCUCUCAUUGGCGGUGCCCUGCGUGGGCCCCUGCGGGUCUGGUUCAGCGCGGGGGGCCCUCCUGAGCGCCCUCUGCAGGCCGGCUGAGUGUACGCAGGGACAAUGGCUUCGGUCUCUCCCUCCCUCCUCUGCUUCACCUGCUGGCCCCCGGAGCGCCUAGCGCAGCGGGAAGUAGGACGAUGGGACCAGGCUGCGCAAUCCCAUGUUACCUUCUCUCCAUCUCUUCACUCCCCGGAGCUGGGCUGGUUUGGGGUAAUAGAACGCAGGCCCCGCUGACCGCUUUCACUGAGCCCCUCACCCCGGACCUGUCCUUCCAAGCUCCCGCGCUCUCGCGUGUGCUUCCUCUCAGCCUCCGCCACCGUGUGGCUGCAGGGGGCCAAGCCUCUGGGAAACGUGCACGGGCCCUGCAGCCUCAGUGAGCUGAGCCCUUUGCAUCCCAAACCACCAGCCCUUUCUUUUGGAAACCUCCUGAUGGCUUGUGAGAAGUGGGUGGCGAAAUUCCCGCCCCCGAUUAGCAAGGGAGGAGGCGCGGAACUCCCCAUCCUUAGCAGCAGCACCCUUGGCUCGCCCUGGUCCUCCAUGAGGGAGGCACCUGGUGAGAACACCUGGGUGGCCAGGAGCGUCGUCUGCUCCGCCCUGUGUGCGGCUCUGCCCUGGGGGCCACACAGUAUGAAGGCAGCAUCAGGAAGGGGCACAGUGACGGAGGUGACCCCCGCUGUCCUGUCUGCAGGUGCUACCCCUUCUCGUCUGGCUCCUGGGUAUAAAAGGCCCUCUGCUGUGAGCACCUAGGAUGACCCCACGUUACAGCCAGGGCGGUGCUGUACCUGCCCAAGAGGUGACAGGGGACGAGGAGUGGGGGCCGUGCCACGCAGGAUGUGAGACUUCUCGCUUCUGUCCCAGGGAGACACCGAGCCCUGAAAUCCAGGAGCCCGCCACCACUGCCGAGAGCGGGACGGCGGGUUGUGUGUUGCCGGCGUCCACGACGCCAGUCAGACCGCUGGGUCUUCCUUACUGAAACUGGGCCUGCCCCUUCCGGAAUCCCCUGGAGUAGAGCCUCUCCCGAUUUCUUUAAGUGCUCAUUUCCCCGGCUGGGAAGUGGCGGAUGAGCUGAUCUUUAGGGAAGAACACACACACACACACACACACAGGGCAGGUGUGUCCCCACUCUUCCAGCCCCCAAUCUGAGCCUCGAUGCAAAACCAAGUAGAAAAUACCACCCCACCUCCCCCAUGCCACUGUCCUCGUCCCUCCCCCCUCAUGGCUCACGAGCACUGGCACUCUCUUCCCGGCUCCUGCCUGUUCUAGUCCACUAUAUAUUGCUGUAUUUGCUUCAAGCUGGAAAGUAACUGUUACAAUGUGAAACUGUAAUUUUUACCAAGGCUACAAUGAAAUUAUAGCCGAUGCCACUCACCAAAUCUUCACACCUAGUAGAUAGAUCAGUGUAAAAACAAAUACCAGAAACCUACCUGUACAGUGCGUGUGGGGGAAUGUAGUAACCUAGUUCGUAGUCCUCAGUAUAAGCAGUUGUAAAGCCGAAGUGGUGUUACCUGCCUGUUCAUCACCAUUUCUGAAAGCUGUGCUGAUCAGUUCGCUGAAAACGGGCAUUUUUUCCUUUUUCUUAAUUUGGUUUCAUUGAAUGAUUUGUUUUUCCUUAACCUUUGACCCCGAGGUCACAACUUCCGUCUUUAGGUACAGCCGACGGUCAGUCCCUCUUAGGAAUAGACCAGCGAGACGUCUAUUGACAGCCGACCAAAGGCGAUGAGUUCUUGGUCCGGUGUCCCGGGCCCCGGGGCAGCUGUCUUGGAUAAAACCGAGAGCAAACACCGCGCUUCGGCCCCGGCUCCACGCCCGCCCGCCCUUCGAGCCCUUCUCUUAGCGAGCUGCUCUGAGCGGUGGGAUUCGCACCUUUCACGUUUUCAGUGCUAACGAUUUCUCACCUUGAAGCGCCUUCUGAACCCGUGCAGAGCGCACAGCCGCACAGCCGGCGGGGACGGCGGGUGUGUGCCGGAGACGUGGGAGCCUCUUCAUCUGCAGUCAUGGGGCCGGGGCCCAGGACAGACAGGCAUCCCCACGGGACGAGGGACUCCCGCUCGAUGGAGAAAUCCCAGCAGGAAGAGAGCCCGGGAGACGGAGCCAGCGGCUCGGAGAUCUGCCUUACAAACUCUUCCAGCUGCUUUGUGGUACGCAGAGGGCAGCGGCGUGGCCGGGGGGCCUCUCUGGGGGUCGUGACGGCAGGGGCCUCCUCGGGACUCGGCCCUCCUUGGCGCUCAGCGUGGACACGGCCGGUGGAAGACCCCGGGGAGUGAUGUCACGAGUCUUCCUCGGUCUCCGUGCUCCCGUCUUCGCACGCGGCCAGCAGGUGCCACGCUGGAGCGGAUGCCUCCCUCUCCGGAGAACCCCGGGUCGAGCUCUGGCGGGUGGCAGCCGCUGUGCGGGGCCCCGCGGGGCUGGAAGAGCCGCGGGCGGGCGGGAAGGGGCGAGCCGGGUUGCUGCUGGGCAGAGCUGACGCUCAGGCUCCCUGUCCACUCCCCCCGCUCUCCCGGCUCUCCUCUCUCCCAAGCAGAGAAUUCCCCACAGACCCAGAGCUGCCGGGAGAGCGGCGAGGGGGCUGGUGCCUCUCUGGGCCGUCCCAGCCUCUGGGAGUGGCCCGAUGGCCGUCCUGCCCCUGGCCCACACCUCUUCCUGUGUGACCUGCCCCCGGCGGGCUAGCAAAGCUGCUCCAAGAGCCAGGACAGCCCUUGGCCCGCCUCGGCCGGGAGUGGCCCCUGGGCUGGGCAGUGUGCCUGUUUACAUGGUCUGGCGCAAGGUUUGGUUCUGGUUGCUCCCGAGUGGCUGGUCUGCUGUGUUUCCUUCCUCCCCCAACCGAGACCACCCUAGGAAAUGGCCGGUUGCCUGUCCCCACGUGACGAUCCGUCUGUUGUUUCUCUGAGACCUGACGCCCGUCCCGUAGCGUGUCUGACUGGACCCUCUGUGUGUAUUCUGAUGGUGCCUGCUGGUUUGACAUGGAGCUAUCCUGUGAAAUAAAACAG